GUGAAAAUAAAAACAAAUUUUCAAACAGUAAGGUCACACACAGAGAUAAACACACAAUAUUAUUCGUACAUAUAUAAGCUCAUUUACACUCAAUUUUAGUAUUUUCUUCACUUUCUCACUUAAAAAAUUCUUCUUCGUUCGCUGAAGGUGUGGAGGUUACAGGCGGAGAUAUUUAUUCUUCCGACGACGUCGUUUAGGUGUGCGUGUUUUGGUUUUAAAGGAGUUAGGUUUAAAGUUAGGGUUAGGGUUUGGCGAUUUGGGAGUUGUUGCGUAAAACCCUAGAUGGUAUGAAGCAUCGCGUAGCUGAUAUCGUUUGGGCUGAGUUGAUCGACGGUUGAGAUCUUAUCACCGGAUGGAGGGAGGUAGCAACUCUACACUUAAUUCUUCUGGGAUAUACAGAUGGAUUACAAUGACAAUGAUUAUCAAAGUCAUUUAACCGGUGAAGACAGCUCCAAAGUUUCCUCUGUUUUGCAUCCCUAUGCUCUUCCCAAAUUUGAUUUUGACGAUAGUCUUCAGGGGCAUUUAAGAUUUGACAGCUUAGUUGAGAACGAGGUUUUCCUUGGUAUCCCCACUCAGGAAGACAACCAGUGGAUAGAGGAUUUUUCUCGGGGAAGUAGUGGAAUAGAGUUCAGUUCAAGUGCUGCAGAUUCUUGCUCCAUACCAAGGCGUAAUAAUGUCUGGUCUGAGGCAACAUCAACAGAAUCUGUUGAAAUGUUAUUGAAAUCGGUUGGGCAAGAAGAAAUGGUUCCAGGGGACACUAUAAUUGAAGAGUCAGAUGCUGGAAAUGAAUUGGGUUGCUUAAUCCAGCCAGUGGAAUCUAAUUUGAAGUUGGAUGAUAAAAGAGACGAUAUUAAAGAGUCCAGCUCAGCAGCACCAGCAGAUGAGUCAGUUGAGUUUACUGUGACAUUCUCUAAGUGUGAGAGAACAGAGAGAGAAGGUAAACAUAUUGCAUGCGUUGCAGAAAUGCAGGCGUUGGAACGUAUUGCUGAUAGAUGUUCUGACAUUGCUGGUGAGAGAUGUUCUGGAGUUACUGCUGAGGAAAAGUCACAGACUGAAAUAAAAGGCAUUGAUGAGAAUCUAGGGGAAGCUAAAACUUCACAAGAUGAAUUGCUACCUGAUAAAUCUGAUAGACAUCCAUCUGUUCCUGUAAUUCAAAGUGCAAUUAACGAGUGCCUUACAGAUGCUCGUCCUGUGAGUGUGGAGAUUUUGGAUAGUCAGCAUAAUUUAACCAGCUGUCAUAGUGGAAAUACAAGUGGUUUACCAAGUGAACAUCACAAACCAGAGGAGAAACAAAUUUCUGUGAGCAAAGAGAAGAGUACGGGUGAUGAAAAGCUGUGUGGAAGUGGCGUUGAAAGUGAAACUUGUACCUCUAAUGCCAGUCCUCUCUCUCUUGCUGCUUCAGAACUGGAAGUAGUAAAAGAGCUUCCAACUGAUACAAGGAUGAUUAAAUUACAGGAAUCUUGCGUGCAAAGGAACGAAUGCAGUCUUACUGCUGAUGGAUGCAAAGAAGAUGCUUCUUCUGCUGAACCUCCUGAGAUUUGCGGAUUGGUGACGGUUUCCUCAAAAUCCUCGGAAGAUAAGCUACAGGCUGAAGGUAAUAGCAUACUCUGUGAGGAUGAGGAGGCAUCUAUAAGUCAGCGUUUAGAUUCAAGAGACACCGAGGACCAAGAAAACGGCUCCAAGGGUCAGAUGGAGGUCUCUGCUGUGCAGAUAUCAGAUGGACUGAGUACUUGCAAUGAGAAAGAGGAGAAUAUUCUUGAAAGUCAUAUCCCACUCAAUCUUGGUAUGUCAGAGGCAUGUACAAUAUCAGAGCUCUCCGAGCCGUCAAAGCCGAAUAAUGGUAACGGUAAUUGUACUUAUUCUCUGGAAGGUCCGAGUAAUAUACAAGAGGCAUCUAUUUCUGCUGAACUUACUGUGGAGAGGCCAGUACCUGAGAAUUUGGAAACUGGAAAUGAUGCUGAUAGGGUCUCCAAGGGGGAUGCAUGUGCUGGAGAUCGCGUCUCCUCGUCUGUGCCUGUUGGAUCGAUGGACAUAUGUGGAGAAAGCUUCCCUUGUGUGGUUGAUGUUGAUACUACUAAUGAGGGUGUCUCUAGCGGUAAGGAAAAGGAGGAAGUGCUGCCAGUAGAAAAUGAGACAGAGAGAUCAUGUGAGCGUGACCAUGGGGUUAGAGCCUCCUCUGUGGGUGAAGAACCUGAAAAAAUCUCUGACCAAGGUCAUGGAUCACAAUUUGAACCUUCCGCAUUGAUUAAACAAGCAUCAAAUGCCGGGUUUGAAGGUGGGAACUUAAUCUCAGGUGGCACACCAGUGAGUGUUCCGUUGCCUUCUGCUAGUGGCGCUAUUGCAACUGAGAUAGUUAAUCAUGAUGAAAAGCUGAAGCCAGUAUCAGUUUUGAUGGGUUCAGAGCAUUUGGCAGAAAAGGAGGAAAUGGAAGUUGUUCCCAGUGUAGAAGCACAAGUGCCAACACUGAAGGAGUCUACUGCAGGCUGUCCAGGUCCCCUUUCCGCUGAUGAAAAAGAUGCAUCUGGUGACUGUCAUAUGGAAAUAGCACCUGUGAUUGUUGAUCAGAACAGUUCUAUUAAGGGUAAUCCCGACACAGCAAGCCACGUUGAGCAAGCAGCAAUUGCUGAAGCAAAUAGCGAGUGCUGUAGGCAUGUGGAAGCAUGUGCAAUGAAUAGUGGUUCAACCAUCAAAGAGGGUGAUGGUGCUGAGGCAGCAGCUCUUGCAAGGAAUCAGGAAAUAAUUGUAGAAACAGUGGAAUUGGGAAAAGUUGGAGUUCAGGAAAGUUCUGACGUGAUUGGAGGACCUAAACAUGAUUCUGCUGCUUUCGUAAGUUGUUCUGCUCUUUCACCAAGUGAAAAGAAAACGGCCGAGAUUAGAAGUAGUGCUGUAGUUGAGAAUGUUGCUCCCCUUGUUGAUACAAUUGAAAUUGGUGGUAAAGCGCAGUCCACCUCCAUAAGUUCAGGAGAAAAUGCUUCCGCUAAAGCAGAUAGGAGCUUUACUUUUGAUGUAAGUCCAUUGGUUGUUAAUGCUAAGGGAGAAGCAGACAAAUCAAUCACCAGUACUCAAGCUUCCCAACUAACUGAGUAUGAAUUACAGUUGAAGGCUGGGGAUGGACUGCUUUUGACAUCUGGCAGCAAACAAACUGAUACUAAGAUCGUGCAAGAAAUUUCUCUUGUAAGUCCUCUAGUAACUGACAAAGCGGCUCAGUCUGGAGCUGCUAAGGGUGAGCGCAAGGCAAGACGUGGCUCGAGUAAAUCAAGUAAAGAAAACCCUAAGAAGGGAAACCAAGUGAAGGAAAUAAACUCAUUGAAGCAGUUGGAUAGAAGAGACAAAUCAGGUGCUCUGUUUAGCCCUUCUGUUGCUGCGCAGAAAUUGCAAAUUGAAUCUGGAAACAAUGAGCGCAAUAUUACAAAGUCCAAUGGGGUUGUUUCCUUUCCGACUUCAAGUUUACCGGAUUUAAACACUUCAUCUACUGCAUCUGUAUUGUUUCAUCAGCCUUUCACAGAUCUGCAACAAGUGCAACUGCGAGCUCAAAUUUUUGUUUAUGGGUCUCUGAUACAAGGUGCUGCACCAGACGAGGCUUGCAUGAUUUCAGCUUUUGGGACAUCUGGCUCUGCAGAUGGAGGGAGAGGUCUGUGGGACCCUGCUUGGCGUGCGUGUGUUGACAGGAUUCGUGGACAGAGAUCUCACACUGGAAACAAUGAAACUCCGUCUCAUCCACGUUCAGAAAUGAGAAAUGCAGGUCCCAGAACUCCAGAUCAAGCUAACAAGCAGGUUAUGCAUCAAAAUAAAGUUACUACUCCGGCAGCUGGUCGAGCAAGCGGCAAGGCUAUCAAUUCACGCGUUGUUAGUCCUAUUAUACCACUUUCAUCCCCUCUUUGGAAUAUACCUACCCCCUCGUGUGAUGGGCUGCCAUCUAGUGGCAUGACCAGAGGUGCUGUCAUCGAUUAUAAGGCACUUUCUCCUAUGCAUCCCUAUCAGACUCCACCAGUACGAAAUUUUGUGGGACACACUGCCUCUUGGCUACCACAGGCCCCUUUCCCUGGUUCCUGGGUUGCUUCUCCACAAACUUCUGCCUUUCCUGCAUUGCCUGUUACAGAGCCUGUGAAAUUAACCCCCUUAAAGGAGUCAUCCUUGUCCAUUUCUGCUGGUGCAAAGCAUGCAACGCCUGUUUCAGUGGCUCAUGCUGGGGAAAGUGGUAUUCUGGCUGGGGCUUCUCCGCGUGAUGAAAAAAAGGCAUCAGUGUUGCCUGCUGAUCAGAAAUCUAGAAAGAGAAAAAAGGCAUCUGGUACUGAGGAUCGUGCCCACAAAUCUUUGCGUGGUACCUCUUCUGAAUCUGUUCCUGCCCCUGCAGUAUGUACUCAGUUAUCAAGUAAAGCCCCGGCAUCUGAUAACUUUGGCCAGUCAUCAUCGGUUGCUGUUGCACCAUUGGUUGCUCAAAGCCAGACAGGACCUGCAUCUGCUCCCAUACUUGGCCAUUUUUCAACGUCAGUUGUCAUAGCACCUCUUUCUAGCUCUGAUAUAAGCAAUUCUGAUAUACCGAUCAUCUCUACCCCAUCUUCCACUGAUCUCUCUAAGAGAGAGCUUUUAGGAAAACAGGCCUUAACUUCAGAGUAUUUAGGCAAAGUUGAGGAGUCUAAGCUGCAAGCAGAGGAGGCCGCUGCAAGUGCUGCUUCUGCAGUCAGUCACUGCCAAGAUGUGUGGAGCCAAUUAGAUAAGCAAAAAAAUUCUGUUUUGGUGACGGAUGUGGAGGUUAAGCUGACAUCUGCUGCCGCUGCUGUAGCAGCUGCUGCUUCUGUUGCAAAGGCAGCCGCGGCGGCUGCUAAGAUUGCAUCAAAUGCUGCAAUGCAAGCUAAACUGAUGGCGGAUGAGGCAUUGAUAGCAUGUGGAGUGAGCAAUCCUGAUCAAACCAGUGCUGUCUCUUUCCCUAAUAUGAACAACUUGGAGAGUGCCACUCCUGCUUCCAUAUUGAAAGGUCGAGAAGUUAGCAAUAGUUCUGGUUCAAUUAUAUUCGCUGCUAGGGAGGCUGCGAGGAGAAGGAUUGAUGCUGCUUCCGCUGCAUCAAAAAAUGCUGAGAACUGGGAUGCUAUAGUUAAGGCUGCGGAACUGGCAGCUGAAGCUGUGUCACAUGCAGGAAAAAUUGUUGCAAUGGUUGAUCCUUUGCCCCUGAAUCAAUUAGUGGAAGCUGGUCCUGAUAACUACUGGAAAGUUUCCCAAGCACCCUCUGGGCAUGGUGGCAAGGCUAAAAAGGUGAAUGGGGAUGAAUCUGGUAUUUCAAUUGUCGAAAAGAUUCCUGGCAUCUUUUCCAAGAGAUCCGAGGGUCUGUCUGAUGAAGACAUGACCCCUGCUUGCGAGCCUACUGGUGUUUCAGGCAACAUGGCAGAGGACAACAUGAGGAAUGAAGAGGUUAUUCAAACUCCCGUUACAGGUGUUGAAAAGGAUGUAAGAGGAGCAAAGGGUCAUAGUAUGCCAGAGAUGAGUAAGACUGCAGGCCUAAAUGCUGAGUCAUUGAAUGACUCCAGGUUGGCUUCCCAUGAUGUGGAAGAAUGUGGAGAUGCUGCAAGCUCUAAAAUGCAAGAAGGUUCCCUUGUGGAGGUUUUUAAAGAUAGUGAUGAUGGUAAGAGAGCCUGGUACUCAGCCAAAGUGUUGACUUUGAAGAAUGGAAAAGCGCUCGUUUGUUACACUGACCAUCAAUCUGAUGAAGGGCUCGAACAGUUAAAGGACUGGGUACCUCUAGAAGCAGACAGUGACGAAACACCAAGAAUACGUCCCGCACAUCCGGUGACUGCGCUGCAAGGAGCAAAAAAGAGGCGAAGAGCAGCUGUUAAGGAGUAUACCUGGUAUGUAGGAGAUAGAGUUGAUGCAUGGAUCGACUACCGCUGGCGAGAGGGGGUCAUUGCUGAGAAGAACAAAAGGGAUGAGACUACAUUUAGUGUCAACUUUCCAGCUUAUGGAGAUACCGCAGUUGUCAGAGCAUGGCAUCUCCGACCAACUCUUGUAUGGAAAGAUGGGGAGUGGGUGGAGUGGUCCAGGUCAAGACCUGACUUCUUGUCCCAGGGCGAUACACCUAAGGAGAAGCGAAUUAAGCUGGGAAAUCCUGCUAGUGAGGAUACAGGAAAUGACAGUCUCUCAGAGAAAAUGGUUCCGUUGGUGCCAGUGACAAAUGAACCAGCAGCAUUGCUUCCUUUGUCUGUCAAUGAAAAAACAUUUAAUAUUGGGAGUAACAAAAAUGACAAUAAGUCCAACACACUUCGAACAAUGAGGUCUGGUUUGCAGAAAGAGGGAUCAAAGGUUUUUGGUGUUCCUAAGCCAGGAAAGAAAAGGAAGUUUAUGGAAGUAAGCAAGCAUUACGUUUCAGACAGAGCAACUAAGAGUGAUACUGCACAUGGUUCAGCUAAGUUCACAAAAUAUUUGAUGCCUCGAGCAACAGGAGCUGGUGGAUGGAAAAACAGUUCUAGAAUUGACCCGAAGGAGAAACAUGUGACUGAAGCUCGACAGAAACCUCCUAAACCCAAUAAGCUUCCUAGUUCAAAUAGAAAUUUGAAGGAUAAUAGUAUUACUUCUGCUGGAGAUGCUAGCGGAGCGGUAGGUGAUGCAGUCAAGUAUAAUAAGAGUGAAACACAACAGCCUAAUGUGGUCAGUUCUGUGGCAAAUGCUGAAGGCGGAGCUGAAGGUCCCAUGAAAUUUUCUUCAGAAGCUCUCCCUGCCAACAUCGCCAAGAAAGCUUCAACAUCAUCUUACAGAGGUGAGGGCAUGAAGAAGAGGACCCCUGUAUCUAGUAUGAAGUCAAGUAACGUUGAAGUAAAGGACAAAUUGAUACAUGAAGUUAAUGAACCCCGGAGAUCAAACCGAAGGAUUCAACCAACAUCAAGGUUAUUGGAGGGACUACAAAGCUCACUGAUCAUCUCUAAACUUCCAUCUAUUUCACAUGAUAAAGGUAACAGAAGCCGCAGCAGGGGUGCAUCAAGGUAAUAUUGAAGGUGGAAAAGCGCUUAUAAAUGUGUGUGCUCAGCCCAGAUUAUCUAAUGUAGCUAUUAGGAUGGCCUAGCGUUUAAUGUUUUUCCUGUACAUUUAAUAUAGAGAUGAAAAUUGGGAUUGGGAAGUUCUCACUUCCUGGCUGUAAAAUUUAGGCAGUAGAUGUCCAUAAUGAUUUAGUCCUUUCCAGAAUUUGUGGAGGACUGUUCUAGCCGGAAUAGGUUGUAAAUGGGACUUCUUCAUGGUGGUGGUUAAAAAUUGCAAGAAUUAUUUUGGAACGAUCUAUCUUCAAAUAUUUGCAGUCUUCGCAGGGGUAAUACUACCUGCGAAGAGUAGAAGGCCGAUCUAAUAGUUACCUUCAUAUGCCAUUGGAAAAUGCCCUGGAAACAAUUUUCAUUUUUA